UUAUUUCAACAGCUGUCCGUAUUCGGUAGCAGUUGGGAGCGUGGUGCGGUUGUGGUUGCGGUUAUGUGUUGUCAAAGUGUUAAGUGAAUACAAUGUGGAUGCAGUUAGCAAAUAUAUCUGUGAACGCUGUUGUUCGUAUUGACGCCGUGCUAUAAGUAUGCAGUUCUAAAGAAAACAGGAAAACAAGUACUCGGAAUGUGUCGGAUUUCAUACAUCUGUCAUUUUAAUGGGAUGAUUUCCUACAGUGAAAAGAAAAACUUGUAUAUUGGAUGGAGGAAAUCUGAUCCUGGAGACUGACACCGGCAUCUCUGAUGAACUUACGUGAACAGCUGAACACUUUAUUGAUUCAGCGGAUGUGAUUUCAGUGAUUUUACAGUGACAAUUUUUUGACAUAAAGUUUAUUUCCUUAAGUUUUUUGCUUAAGGAGCUAUAUAAUUUUUUUGUCGUGUGACAGUAUUUUAUAUUGAGUGUAUUGUUUAUAAACUGUUAAAAUGUCAUCCGCUCCGAGCCACAAACAUUUCUCACGGACCACUAACCAUCGUGGCAUUCGAGGAAGUGGUCUGCGUGAAUUAAACACAGGGCUACUAGAAGGUACAGGGAACACAAUGACACAUCCACCUCCUGGAGAAUCAGAUUUUGAAUACAUUAACUAUGGGGAAGAAGAUCAAAUGGAAAUAUAUGGAUACAAGAAGUGUCCUUGGAAAACUGCUGGGACAUGGACGCUGAUACUGCUCACAUGUGGACUAGCAAGAUUACUUUUCCACUGGAAACCAACCUGGAUGCUCAAGUCUACACACAAAAGAUGCUCACUUCAGAGUGCUGAGAAAGUGUUGGUUGCUGAGCAGUACCACAAAAGACAUCGGCGGUACUACGUGAAGACAGUGAAAACAGUGAGAGCUGACAGUGCCUUAAAUGGUGGCACAAGUGGCUUUGACUCAGAACCUUGUUGGAAUGACCACAUGCUUACAGAUGUCAAUUAUAUUGAAAAAGCACACUUGGCUGUACACUUCAGUGGAGGAAGUUUUAAAUCAUACAAUGUUUUGCGGCUUUUUCGGUGCAAGAAGCAAACUUAUGUGUGGGAUGAGGACAGUGGGGACUUCCAUAAGUUGUGUGGCUUAGACAAGCGUGUGCUUGUAAGUGUACUACAUCAGCACCAAGGAUUAACACAGCAGGAACAACUGUCAAGAAUUUUGGCAUUUGGUCCAAAUGAAAUAAUCGUUCCAGUGCAGUCAGUGGUAACACUGCUGUUUCUAGAAGUCCUGAACCCAUACUAUGUGUUCCAGUUGCUGUCAUUUAUCCUGUGGUUUGCAGAUGACUACAUGUAUUACGCUCUCACCAUUUUGGCUAUGUCAGCAUUUGGUGUUAUAAUGUCUGUAAUACAAGCCAGAAAGACACAACACAAAUUAAGAAGCACCAUACAUGCAUCUGAUGUUGCAACAGUAAUGCGGGGUCCAGCACAAACUGAAACAGUAUCAACUGAUCAAUUAGUUCCUGGUGAUGUUUUAGUGAUUCCUCGCCAUGGAUAUACAAUGAACUGUGAUGCUGUGUUGCUUACUGGCAACUGUAUUGUUAAUGAGAGCAUGUUAACAGGUGAAAGUGUGCCAGUGACUAAAACACCAUUGCCAAAUCAUCCUGACUUACUUUAUGACAAGAAAGAGCAUGCAAAACACACUUUAUUUUGUGGAACUCAGAUAAUCCAAGCUCGCUACUUCGGACACGAGAGUGUGUUAGCUGUUGUAAUUAGAUCUGGCUUUUCAACUUCAAAGGGAGAGCUUGUGAGAGCUAUUUUGUAUCCACCACCAGUCGACUUCAAAUUUGAACGUGAUUCAUAUAGGUUUAUUGGAUUAAUGGCAGCAGUAGCCAUGAUAGGUUUUGUGUACACUGUAGUUACAAAGGUAUUGAGAGGACUGAGUGUCAGUGCCUUAAUCUUGGAAGCAUGUGAUCUUGUUACUGUUGUAGUACCACCAGCAUUACCUGCUGCCAUGACAGUUGGUAGCUUUUAUGCGCAAAAGCGCUUAGAAAAAAAAGCUAUCUAUUGCAUCAGCUCACGAAACAUUAAUAUUGCAGGAGCAAUAGACUGUGUAUGUUUUGAUAAGACAGGCACAUUGACAGAAGAUGGUCUGGAUAUGUGGGGUGUUGUACCAGUACAAAACAGUACAUUCUUGACACCUCAGAGAGCUGUCUCAUGUUUGAAUAAUGAUGAAUUUGUGUUUGGAAUGGCUACAUGUCACUCUCUGACAAUAAUUGAUGGUGAACUUUCUGGUGAACCCUUAGAUCUCAAGAUGUUUGAGUCAACAGGAUGGCAGCUGGAAGAGCAUGAUAUUGAAGACACUUCAAAGUUUGAUAUGUUAUUUCCAACAGUAGUUAAGCCACCCAAAGGAAGAUACACCUCUGCUGGAAAGGACUCUGACAUAGAUGAUAUAACACUGGGCAUUGUUCGUCAGUUCCCAUUUUCAUCUAACUUACAACGUAUGAGUGUCAUUAUGAGAAAGCUUGGUGAUGCCCAUUACACUGCUUACUGCAAGGGAUCUCCAGAAAUGAUUGCAUCCCUGUGCCAUAAUAACACAGUUCCUGCUGAUUUUGACACUGUGUUACAAGGAUAUGCUCAGGAAGGCUACAGAGUGCUUGCCCUGGCAUACAAAGGGCUCCCAAAAAUCAAUUAUGUUAAAACACAGAGAAUUCAAAGAGAAGAAAUCGAAUCAAACCUGAUAUUUCUUGGGCUCAUUGUUAUGGAGAACAGACUGAAACCUGAGACAACUGGAAUAAUAAAACAACUGAAAUCAGCUAACAUCAGGACAGUUAUGAUAACAGGAGACAACUUGCUCACUGCUGUAAGUGUAGCGCGUGAAUGUGGAAUAGUGAAUUCAUCCCAGAGAAUUAUUAUUGUACAUGGGAAGCCACCUCAGCUUUCAGGCCCUCCAAGACUUUUCUACACAAAUGCUUCUUCUCGUCUCAUCCAACGAGAUGCACCAACAACUGAACUGGUUGGUGGUGAUAUUGGUAACAGCAAUAGUAUUACAAGUGGUCUCAGUCUGGACUCCACGUACACAAGUGGCACACAGUCUCUCACAAGUAUUCAUGGAGAAGCAAUUUCGGCUAAGGAUGACAACAACAUUGAUGCAGCAGACUAUUUGUUUGCUUUGGAUGGUCAGUCUUGGGGAAUAUUGAGAGAUUAUUUCCAAGACACAGUUCCCAAAAUUCUUGCAAGAGGUGCAGUAUUUGCAAGAACAAGUCCUGAACAGAAGCAGCAGAUUGUUCAGGGGCUCCAAGAUAUUGGAUACUAUGUCGCCAUGUGUGGAGAUGGUGCCAAUGACUGUGGAGCCCUGAAAGCAGCUCAUGCAGGCAUAUCACUUUCUGAGGCAGAAUCAUCAGUUGCGUCACCAUUCACAUCAAAAGAAGCAAACAUUUCCUGCGUACCUAACUUGAUAAGAGAAGGACGUGCUGCAUUGGUUACUUCCUUCGGUAUCUUUAAGUACAUGGCUGCAUAUAGCUUAACUCAGUUUGUGUCUGUUAUGAUACUGUAUUCAAUUGAUAGUAACUUGACAGAUAUUGAGUAUUUGUAUAUUGAUCUUUUCAUUAUAACAACUUUUGCAUUCUUCUUUGGGAGAUCAGAAGCUUAUGAAGGUCCAUUAUUUAAACAACCCCCAGUUCUUUCUCUGGUUUCCUUUUCUUGUGUACUUUCACUUGUAACACAAGCAAUCACUGUUACAGCUUUCCAGAGUGCAUCAUUUUUUAUUAUUCAGCAAGCACCAUGGUUUGAGCCAUUCAAUUCAAGUGUGAGAGAAGACGAGGAUGGCAGUGUUGAGUGUUAUGAAAACUAUGCUCUCUUUGCUGUUUCAAGCUUUCAGUACAUAAUACUAGCUCUUAUUUUCUCAAAAGGUGCCCCAUACAGAAAAUUUAUUUUUUGUAAUGUAGGCUUUUUGUUGACAUUUGUUGUUUUAACUGGGUUCACAGUUUAUCUGAUUUUAUGGCCAUUUGAAUGGCUGAGAGACUCAUUUGAGCUAAUGCUCCCCCCUGACAUGAAAUAUAGGGUGUUGAUGCUGAUACUGGCUCUUACAAAUUUUGUUGUGUCUGCAUUCCUUGAAUAUUUCAUUGUUGAUCACAUAUUUAUACAGAAACUGAGGUAUGAAUUACCACGAAAGAACAAAUCUUCCAAAUUGUACCUUUUAGUUGAGGAGCAUUUAAAACACGAUUUUCUGUGGCCACCUAUAACAAAGGAAGUUGUCUGUGAUUCUGCUGUGUCAGAUGAAAACAGAAGGACUAGAAGGCCUAUUGUGUCAAAGAUCUACAGUGUUGAUGAGAGAAAAAACAAUAUUAGCAGUCUAAUAAGUGCAGGCUCUUCUCAUAAUAAUGAAGUUACAUUAAGUCCAGCUACUUUCUUGGAACAGAAAAAAACAAACAUCUCAUCUCUAAAUAGUGUUGAACACUUAUCAACUCAUGCCAGUAAUUCAGUGGCUAACUCCAGCUCUAGUGUUCCAGAGAUAGGCACAAAUAAACUGUCUGGUGUGAACAGUAGGAAUAUUGUAUAUACUGUUAUUAAUCCUGUUGCGGACAUUCAUGCAACUGACAGUGAUCACAAAAGUGAGGAAACAUUGACUGUGUCACCAAAGACUCUUGUAAAUGGAACAAAUGUAGCAUCAUCUGUAUGUACAGUUGAAAAACUGAGCUAGUCUUUCAAUGCCAAAACAGAAGUGUAUGUGUUUCUGUUUUUGAUAAUUGUAAAAUCUAUGUAAAUAAAGUUUCCAUAUUUGGAAGUAUUUUCAGCAUCACUGAAGUUUUUCAUGUAUGGAAAUUUUAGUGUAUGGUCCAGUUAAUCUUCUGAGCUAACUUGUUUAGGUUGUGUGUGUACUGCAGUUUGACGUUGCCAUUGGUGAGACUGUCGUUCCAAACAAACAUGUUCAUCUUCAGUUAAAGAGGUGUGUAAAUCAUUAUUCCAGUUCUGUGGCAACACUUUUACAAAUGAUAGAGUUAAUUGUUGUGAGUAUUUCAUGACCAAGGACAGUCAUCGCAUUAAACCUUAUGUUUUGCUGUGUUAAGACAGAAACUACAUAAUGACACACAGUGUUUUGCAGACACAAAUUUUUGAACUAUAAUAGAAGUAAGAGUUCUGUCUGUCUGUGUGUGUGUGUGUGUGUGUGUGUGUGUGUGUGUGUGUUUUGUAAAUUUCCAAUUGCUACUCACAUAUGGAUUUUUAACAGUAUUGUGUUUUUAUCAUGUGUAAUAAAUGUAUUAUAACUGAUGGCUGUGUAGCUAUGGACUGUAAUGCAGAUAAGGGAUGCACAUAUGUUUUUCACUUAAUUGUUACAGCUCUACUGAAAGACUGUGAGUUAAUAUGUUAUCCACACCAUAAUUUUCCGUAUUUUUAGGCUGGUAUGUGUGCUUUUUAUUGCUGGUGAGCGAUCGUAAUUGUUAAACUACAUUAACGUUAGCGUUCGCUGUUGCUGCAGAUUGUUAUUUUAUUGGCAUACAUGUGCAAUGUUAUCCUUUAUUAUGCUUCAAUUUAUUUAGGUCCCAAAAGAAAUGAAAUUUUACCUAGUGGAUAACAGAUUAUUUAACAGUCAUGAAAGCAUAAAUAAACUUACUGUGUUUUAAUCAAAGUGCUUAAGUGUUUGUAUCUAAUUGUCACUUAAGUGAGACAUGAUCAAGACUGAACACUUAAGUGAAUUUCUGAGAUAUCCUAUUACUGUGUAGUUUAGUCUGCUCCUAAUAUUGAGAAAAUGGGUCCAUUUUUAAUAGCUAUUAACUGAAAAGGAAAAUAAAUAAAUUUGCAUGUGUGUAUAUAAGUUUGUUCUGAAUAUGUAGUAUGGCAAAGUCAAAGCCAAGAUGAGCCAGUAAUGGUAAAUGUGAUGGAGAAAAAAUUAAGUAGAUAAGUUUAAACAACCUGUACAUGAAAUAUGUCUGUGCAAAAUCAAUUUAAUGUGAGAAGUUGUUGACCUAUGGUGUAAAUGCUUUUGGAAAAAAGGGAAUGAGAGAGAAUAAUACAGAAAGAAUGCAAAGAAAAUCACAUGAAAUAUGUGGUUCUCAAAUGUUUUGUGCCACACAUAUAAACACACAAAUCAUCAUAAUCCCAUAGUGACUUACAUCUUAUACUCAUAUCUGUAAUGUGUGCAUUCCUUUUUAAUCUGCUGUUCUUUCCCAUUCCCUCAUUCUACAUUUAUCUUCAUUGUCUGUGUCACAGUUUGCAACAGAUUUGACACCCUGUGCUGAACCACUCCUGAUAAUUGGUUAUGCCUGUGCAUUCCAGAGUUCCCUUAACUCAGUUAAGCUGAUCUCGCUUCUUACUCACCCACCACAGAAAAGUGCAAGGUGGUCAAUAAGACUGGAACCAUCCAUAUAAAUGAAAAAUGGGCACAUAAAUUUAAAUUUAAAGUCAAUUUGUGUGAAAUGGGAAAGGACGAAAACCUGCAAGAUUAUGUUACAAACAUGAUGCCAUUUUGGAAGCCGCCAUCUUGGGUACAACUUGUAAUUUUCAAAUGGAAAGAGGGCAUGUGAUAUGUCAAACUGAUCGGUAAUUACAUCAAAAAAAUAGUGGUGUCUUUCAUUUGAACAUAGCUUGAUUCAUUCUCAAGUUUUGCCACAUUUUGUAUAGAAGAAGGCAAAUACUGGUGAUAAUGCAAGAAGGCCACGCGACGUACAUAAAGUGUUGUCAGCACAUUAUAAGGUGGUUGUAAUCUGCUUCACCCAACACAAGUACUAGAAUGUGAAAACAAGUAUCGACAAUACAUUCAAAUUUUCUGAUCCUUACCACAUACACAAUUGCAUUCACAUGGCGCAAAGAGAGAAAUCUGACGUACUUAAAUUUAGGAUGUAUGGUGGACACACCAUGGAUCUCUAUGCCGUAUCCUUCCCUUGAAAACUUUAUAUCUGGGUAUGCCUGGACAGCUAUACUGUAGCGAGAUGAGGCAUCAGCGUGCUGUAAAAAAGUUGGAAAUGUUCCAUCUUCAGACAGCAACAAUGGCAACACAUCCUCAGGUAACAACUGCAAAUAAUGGGGUACUGUUAGUGUACCCUGAAUGAAGAAGAAAUCAGUAAUAUGAGAACCCCAUAUUUCAUACCAAAGAAUCAUUUUCAAUGCACCAUUUACCUUCAAUGGAUCCCUCCAGUGGGGGUUGAUGCCUAACCAGCAUCAGAAAUAGCUGAACAGAAAUAGCUACAUCUGUAAACAAUAUGUCAUAGGAGAAAUGGCAGUUUUCAUCCAGCUCACAUGUCACCCAUUCUGCAAACCAAUUCCUAUGAUGUGGUUUGUCCUCAAUGAGAUGUUGUAACACAUGCAUUUUGUAAGGGUGCUAUUUACAGCUGACCCCAGUUUCUUGCAAGAUAUGGUGAGCUCUAUGCUUUGAAUUCUUACUGAAAGAUGCCAGAACAGUGUUUGAUGUUGCUUCAUCCAGAGCCACUUUUGACUGUCUAGUUUUUGGUUCAGCUGUGACAGAGCCAGUUUAAUGGAAUUUCACAAGACAUGUCACCACCAUACUGCAGGUAAUUGGUGGUCUGUCUGAGUGACAUUGAGCGAAAUCUGCUGGAAGAACAUGGAUGCUCCUUUCUCCUGAUAUCAGGACAAUCUCAAUGCAUUAGGCUUUUGUUAACCUCAUCAGCUGUAAGAAAGAAACAUCAGUCAUAACUCAAGAAUAAAUAAAGCUAUACUCAAAUGAAAGGCACCAUUGUUUUUGUCAUGUGUCUUUUUUUGUGUCACAUAUCCUCUUUUCCAUUUGAAAAUUAUGUGUUGCAUCCAAUAAGGUACCAUCCUGAAUGUUAUCUAUCAUUAAUCAAACAUGAGAGGUCUAUGUCAGUCACAGUUACUAACUGCGAUAUUGUCUUGUUUAUCUUCUACAUCGGUAUUGAAUAUGAAAUAAGUAUUUGACUAUGAGAAGCUUCUCAGUAUAUGCAUUACUGAUUAUGCAGAACCAUUCAUGCUGCUGUCUCAUCUAUGAAAAUCGUAAAAAUGUUUAAUUGAUAAUGAAUUAAUGCUCAUUUGCUUAAAGUUUUUAUAGUGUCUGUAGAUACUGAUGGUGGUCAUGCACAUUUGAGUCACUUGCUUCCCUCAAAAACUUUUUUGUUAUGUUUUGAAACAGUCUCAGUUUUACUGUCUCAGUAUGUAUGCCAUCACUCAUAUAAAAAUAAAUAAAUAAAUUAGAAGGCGUGAGAUAUUCCCAAACUGAAAAGAAUUCUAACAAAGAAAUUGUAGACAGCUAUUAAUAGGACAUUAUUCUUUGCUUCUCAAAAUUGUUUCUUCCCAUACAUAGAACCUAUAUAUGAGGAAAACAUGUUAGCAAAAGUAACUUUCCAUGCCUUUGUUUUUAAUGGCAGGUAGGAAAAACAGAAAUGUGGUGCCACCAUUUUUGUUAAGGGGCACGCAAGUGAAAACCAAACACUUGUCACAACAUAACCACAGAAUGUUUCCAUUCAAAACAGGUAGAUGAGACAAUCAAUUCCUGUUUCAUAGAGCAUGAUUGGCUGUUGACAGAUCUACAGUUGCAUCCACUCUUGUGCUUCCUCAUCAGACUGAAACCAAUGUCCUUACAUGUCUGUCUUCAGGUUGCCAAAAAUGUGAAAAUAACAUGGUGAAAGGUCCAGGCUGUAUGGAGCCUGUUGCAGUCUUUCUCAGUCAAAUCACUGAAGUGUAGCCAUCAUCCGAUUGUGGUUCCCCACCCAAGGAAUGUGAUCGCUGGAUUCCAUGGAGUGAGUGAUGAAGUAUGCAGGCCAUGUUUGCUACACAGCAGUCUGAAGGAUAGUCAGAUCUUAGGCACUAGCCAUACGAUACUACAACAGCUGGACAAAAAGCUAGACCAGUGUGCCAGCAUCAAAGGUCAUAACUCAACAACUACAUGCAUCUGUGAUGUGGCACUAUGCCGUUCACCUACCACAGUGGUGACGGUAUCAAAACCUAACAGCAGUGGGCCACCUGUUGCAUGGACUGCAUGUUUUGGCAGGUGUUCAGUUUUCAUUUGACUGCUGCUUAUAUAAUGGAUGGUCUAAGUGAGAUCAAAAUAUGGCCAACAACUCUUUACACUGGUCAGCCAAGAUAUUAUUCCUAGAUUUGGUGAAUACUGUCCUUUUAAACCUUCCUUUAUUGUAGUUUAAGAAGUUGAUAUCCAAAGUGGUAGUUUUGAUCCUGAUUUUAAUGUAGAGUCUGUAAUGAAAAUUGAUAUAUGAAUCAUUAAAGUCAACACUAUUCUAAGAUUGCAAUUUGUUUAGUAACAGGUUGUGACUCAUCCCAUGACCAACUAAUACAAAACAGAGGAGGUUUUUUUUAAAUGCUAUAAAAAUAUUUUCUAUUAAAUGAAAUACAAAAGCUACCAGAUUAAAAGUUUGUUGUGAUGUCAUAUAGUUUCUGUCUUCGUCUGCUCAGAAGCUUAAUUGGGUGAUGUUGUUUUAACAUUUUCAUGAAAUGUUGUGAAUUUUGACUGAAAGUGAUUUUCAAAAGUAUUUGUUCAGUUAGUAUUACUACCAGUCAUGAAAUGAAUCAAAUUUCUGAGUAUGUGAUAGUAACUGUGACAGUAAUUUUUACUAUGUGAAUGGUUGAAAUGCUGUUGAGAUGAUGUUCUUUUUUGUACCUGUGAAAGUAAUAAUAGUCUAUUUAAUUUUUAAUAAUUUUUAUUUUGUUUCUCAAUACUUUUGUGGCUUGUACUUCAAUGACUAAGUCAGGAAGCUUUAAUUACAUGGCAGAUUUUGUUCAGUUAAUGGUUUAGAUUUAUCCUAAUCUCAUUUGAGAAUUCCAUUACUUUGCUUUUAUUUUUUUAAAAAAAGGUACAUAAUCUCAUUUAGUGUUUUGUUACAGUAUGUGACAUACUUUGUGAACAGUAUUAUGUUUCUAGUAUUUUGUAUGUAUUAUUUAAAUAUUUCUAAUUUAAAAAUUGUGUGACAUACAACUUUCUUUUUUACUUGUGCAAUUGUUUGAAAUUAUGAAGUAGUAAAAAGAUUGGUUUGCUGAUGAUAGAAAAAAAAAUGCAGUCUUGUGAAAAAAAUUAAAACCAUUCUACACACCAUAUGGAGUACUUCAAGCACACAUUCCAUAUAGUAUUUUGGAUAUUUAUUUGUAAAGACUCCUGAAUUGCGUUGUCAUGCUAACAGCAAUCAAUAUGCUGUAUUUUACUGAUCCAUGAUCUCUCCACUAUAUCUGAAUAUGAGCAGGUAACUGUGUAUCCACUUGGGAAGUCAUUAACAAUAUAUUGUGCAUACAAAAGAGCCUCAAAAAUUUUAUAGAAAGCAUGAUCUCUGAUAAUGGAGUGUGAUUCAGGAAAACUAUACAUCAUCUUCAUACAUUGUGGGUGAUAUUUUAGAAAUAUUUAGAAAAUAACCAGACAAUAUUUGUGUGUAAACAGUAUGUGCCCUAUUCAGAGUAUGUGCGAGUGUGUGUGUAUGUGCGUGUGUGAGAGAGAGUGCAUGCGUGUGCGCGCGCAUGCAUGCGUAUGUUAGGCAAUGGAUAAUGGUUUUACAGUUUGAUAUUUCUUCACUUUCCUCCUUCUGCUCCUCAUCCUCAUCCCCAUCCUCCACCUCCUCCUCCUCCUCCUCAUCAUCAUCAUCUGAUGCAAACCAAUAUAAUAAUUCCUGCAGGUCAAAUAGAAAACCUUGGUGUUAGCUUUUUUUUUUUUUUUUUUUUUUUUUUUGUUCUGUCUAUUUAAUGUUAUACACCAAUUUUGUUUGUGGUAAGAUAUGUAAUGUCUCUUUGUGAGUGAUAAUGGUUGCUUAAUGGUGCGGAAGUGUUAGAGCUAUUACAUGGUGAAUAGUUCUGAUGAAGAUGGAACUAGGAAAGAAGCAAUACUGCCAGGUUAAACACCAAGAUUUUGUUUGUAUAGUGUUUUAAUAAGCAUAUCAUUUUGAACAUUACUAAGACUGAGACCAAAAUGUUGACCAACGGUGGGUUGUUAAGUAUGCCAAACUGUUUCAAACAUGGUCUAUUUUAUCACCGUUGAUUGUGAAAGUCAAUGUUUGAUCGUACUUAGGAUAAAUGCUGGAUAUGAAAGCCAAACUUUCAUUUUGUGAUUAUUACUCUAAUUAUUUCCUUUUCCUUGAAAUAAUGGCAUAGUUUGUGUGGGAAUAAUAAAUCUCACAUGUUUAUCAGUGCAAUGCCUUGAUAUAGAUGUGGGUAACAUAAGUCAUUUAAAGCAUGGACUGAUGUAAUUUAAUGUGAACUGUGUGUAUGUUAAGAUGGAUUAAGAUUGGGACAUAUAUGGUAAAGCUGCUGCAGCACAUCUUUUAUAAAAAUUACAAAGAUUUUGUGAAACAUUGAAUUGGGUAAUGUUGUUGUAAGAAAAGCUAAUGUUAAAUUGUGAGAGCUCGAAAUGAUUUUACAUGCUUUGAGAACUACCAUGUUUAUCAGUACUAAAGGAAGAUGAUGGUUUGUGCCCUUAUCAACUCAUAAACAGUAACUUAAACCACUGCCACAGUCACAAUUAAAUUAAAUUAAAUUAUAUUUUUGUCACAUUUGCUGUUACAAAAGAACAAAUAUUGAAAUUUUGCAUUAUGUGAUUUCACCCUGUUCAACAAGAAAAAUGUGUAACUUGGUGCUGAGUAAAUACUCAUUGUUACCCAUUAUUA